AUGGCCACGGAAUCGCCGUCCUGGACCGACGAUGAGGACCAGCCAUGGGACACGGAAUUGGAAUUCGACGACGCGGAUGUUACCCCUUCGUUGACCGAGAAACCGGCCGUUUUGGCCACUAAUUUGGAUAACCAAUCGUCAAAUGGAAACACGCUUAAAACCAGUGAUAUCAAGAAAAAUGAUUCCGCACGCGCAGAAAAUCCAAAACAGAAUAUUGAAAUUCCCCAGAAUGGGGGCCGCAACAUUGUUGAAGAUUCUUCUGAGACUAUUCCAACCAGCGGUUCUGAGCCAACAGAAAAACAGGAUGUACUGGAGCCACAUCCUGGCGUUAUUUCAGCAUCGUCUUUUGUAGAUAGCAAUGUUCUUGAUUCCGAGGAUGAAGAACCUAAGUCGUCUGUUUUGGUGGAACUGGAAUCGGUUCAGCAGGCUAAGGAAGAACACCUGAUAGACGAACCUUCUGUCUCCAACGCAUCAAAUUCGAAGAGUAUAGAGACACAACCGCUUGAGACGGCUGAUGAGGUUGUAGUUAUACCAGAUAUCGUCGAAUCCGUGGUCGAACCUGUGACUGUAGAGGACAGUGUUCAGACCUUGGUACAACCUGAACCUGAGGACGUUGCCCCUGUGCACGAUAGCAGUGUUUUGCCUGUCGAGGAAUCAACUGAAAUUCCUGAAGAUGGAGCAACCGUGAUACCCGAAGAAGAUAAAGAUGCAAAUGACAUACCUAUAGAUGAUGAUUUGUUACCGGAAGAUGAUACGGAAGAAGUAUCCAAGAAUGUCACAGAUGAAUUACCUAUAGAUGGCAACUUGUUACCUGAAGACGAAACUAAUAGUUCACCUAUUAAAAACGAUUCGUUGCCCGAGGAGGCCAUUCCAGUUUCAUCUUCCCAGAACACCCAAGAGGUACCAAUAGAUCUCGCUGCUAAUAAAAAGGUUUUACCUUCUUCAACAAACGAGGAAGAAUUAUUGGAGGCGCUAGAUGCGCCGCCCAAAAUCGCCCAAAAUGGUCUGAUUACUCCCCCAGACCAAACUAGCGACUUAGAACAGAAAGACUAUGGCUCAUUAUACGGCUCGCAUUCUAAGGACGACUUGAUCGCGAGAAUCGAAGAGUUGGAAGCCACUCUUGGUGAAACAGAGGCUGAAAGAGACUCUGUCAAGGACAAGUUGGAAGGGUUCCUCAGCAAGAUCUCCAGCAUGAAAGCAGUGUUCCAAAACUACAAAGAAACACAAGAAGAGUUGGAGGUCGUGAAAGCAGAUUUAUCAACAGCAUACGAGGAGAUCAGUGCCAGUGGAAUCAAGAUGGAUGAGCUCGAGCAGGAUCUCAAGAACCACGUGGAACUUAGUCAAAGUUUGACUGAGGAAAACACUCGUCUCACUGCCCAAAAUAAAUCAUUUGAGGAAAGAUUUGCAUCACUCAAUACUGAAUCAUCCGAUUUGAACUUCGAGUGCGAGAGAUUAUCUCAACAAUUGACCACAUUACAGAGAGAAUAUCAAUCACGCGAAGAAUCGCUUCAGGAUGAGAGGUACACUCUUGAAAAUGAGGUCAGCAAACUCAAUAAGAAAUUGAGUGAGCAGAGGGCUGCUUUCAAUGAGUUGGAAAUCACAAAAGAAGAAGUUGCAAUGAAACAGAGAAAUCUUGAGCUGGUAGUUGAAGAACUCAAGGAAUCCUUGGAGGAAAAGGAGCAAGUCAUUGAGGAGUUUAAAUCAAAGGCGGAUGCUGAGAGUGAGCUGUCGAAGUCAAGAGUGGAUGACUUGUUGGCCAAGCUUGCGGAAAGCAACAAACAACAAGAGGAGCUUCGCGCCGAGCUCGCACAAUCAUACCAAAAGAAUGAAGAUCUCCUUCUGCAGAAACAAGCACUGGAAUUGGAAGUUGAGCGCUUCAAAUCCGAGAACGAACGCAUACUGUCGCUAGAAGAGGACGUGCAAAGCAAGCAGGUAAUCAUUGGUAAAUUGAGGCACGAGGCCAUAAUUUUGAAUGAACACUUAACCAAAUCGCUUUCGAUGCUCAGGCAACAGCUGAACGAGGGAGAGGGAACCGUUGACAAGGAGUUGAUCUCGAACAUGCUAAUAAACUUCCUCCAGAUCCCAAGAGGAGAUACCAAGAAGUUCGAGGCACUUCAGGUGAUCUCCGACUUCCUCGACUGGGACGACACGCGAAACAUCCAGGCUGGAUUGGCGAAUCGGGGUGCUGCUGAGAGGGGCGAUGAAAAGCCGGCUCGACUGACAUUCAUUUCGUUGUGGACAGACUUUCUCGACAAAGAGAGCUCGAAGAAGUAA